AACUAUCUGACCGUUACUGUUACACAGCGUGCAGCGACCCAGCUCCCAUGCCACGGGCCCGGCUUACUAGCAAUCGAAACGUCUCUCUGGUCUAGUCGUAUCGUACGAUCGAGAAUAAUCGCGGGAAUUUAUCGUCGACCAACUAUAGCGCGCACCGAAGAAACGAUAAUUCGACGUUUCGAACGAUACAACGAUCCAACUGUUUUCGCGAUCCUUUGACUGAAAUCCUCGACCGAGAAUAUCCUAGUCGAGGGAAACGAGGGAUAGACGUUUAGUAAACGGUAAUAGAAGUUUUCUUAGGAAUCGAGGAAAAUUCGGAAUUCGUUCACGAACGAGGUUCGCAUGGUUGAAGAGCAGUUGAACGUAAGAUCGAGCAAAGCGACUAAACCGUAGAGGUUUCCGGCCGGUGGUGCACACCCGGAUGUUAUUGGCAGGAGAGUGGAGCCAUUAGUCGCGAUGAUGGAUGCCUGACAGCAACUCCUACCUCGGUCAGCCUCCUACCCCGCCGACGGCAGUUAUAGUGUCUCUAUAAUUGUAUUCGCAAGGACAAGUUUUCCCAAACUAAAAUAUAACCUCACGUUUGAAUAAAACAUUGGAAAACCAUUAAAUAUUGUUUCCGUUGUACAAGGCUAUUUCUAACAAUAAAUAAAAAUGCUAAAUUCUUCUAUGAAUGACCGUGAAAGUCAAUGCCAAAGUUUGGACGACUUCACUAAGAAAAUACACCAAGAAAUUGUUGAAACUAUCUCUACUUUGAAUUGGACCAUAGAAAGUAUAGGAACCGACAAUGAUAAUAUGCUGGUUUGUCCGUACGAUUCAUCUCAUCAAGUUAGUAAAAAGAUGUUAUAUCAACACCUGGAAUGCUGUCAGUUAAAACACGAAGGUUACAAUGAAUUUGAUAUUCUACUGCCUGAAUCAUGUUUACCAUUAAACUCAUAUUCCUCGAUAAAAUUAGAUUCACAAAUGCAAAACAGCAUUUUACAAAAAGCAAAGGAGGAAGAUUCAACUUUGAAAAUUGGUUUGGGUGAGCGAUUAAUUCCAAGAACGUCCAAUAGAAUCUUCACAGAUUUUACUUGUGAUGAAAGAAAAAUUUUGUAUGAUUAUGUUAUAUCAAAUACAGUGAAGCCUGACAUUGGACAUGAUAUUACAGAUAUUCAGAAAUUGAAAAGCCAAGAUAAAGAAGAUAAGAAAUUAUCCUUUUUGGAGUUGCUUAUACAAGAACGUAAUUUAAAAAGACGACGGGCUAAGCACAGAGGUGUGCAUACAAAUAAGAAGUCUCACAUAGAAGUUCUCAGGGAAGUUAUACAACAGCAAAUGGAGUUAUAUAUAGAUUAUAUAACAGAAGCACGUGCAACUAAUCACGAUACGAAUACUACUACUGAAAUUCAAAGUUCCAGUAAUAGUCUUAGCGAUACGAUUAAUGAAUUUCCAUUGAAAUGCAACGAUGUCUUUAUAGAAAAUACGCAGAAUCAUCGCGGACAUUCCAGUUCUCAAUAUAAUAAGAAAUAUGAGUACUUUGAGAAACCAUAUACUACUAGUGCAAAAGAUUCAAAACAAAGAGAAAGUUCACGAAUUACAACUGAAUCAAGGAACGUGCAAAAGCUUCAUAAACGUAAGAGAUCUCGUUCGAGGGAACGUGAUCAUGAUAGAAAAAGCAAACGUGGUUCUACACGAACACAUCAUAAGAAAUCUCAUAAGAGUGACAGGUCACUUGAUAGCGACAGCUCUAAACGAAGUAACGAUCGCCGGGAAAAAUUAAUAUUAUAACUGUUAAAUUUGUAUUGUUAUUGAUAUUAAAGAAUUUUCUGUAUAAAUAAUAACACAAACUCUAACUCUAA